AUGUUCCAGGACCGGGGGCUCUAUGCGGUGCACGGUUUUUCUGCUUCGGAUGGCUGGAUGCAUCGUUUUAAGCAGCGGUUUGGAUUGCGCGUGAAAGCCGUAACAGGAGAAAAGGCAUCGGUAAACGUUGAAGCGUACCUAAAUUUCAAGAAGGUUCUACAGAAGAAGAUUCAGGAAAUGCAGCUAUCACUAUCCCAAGUCUUUAAUGCAGAUGAAUCUGCCUUGUUCAUCAAGCUCCUAGCCACACGCUCUGUCGUUACCUGUGAUGAGACCGUGGCAAGUGGACGGAAGCAAAACAAGACAAGGUAUACGUUUAUGCCUUGCUCCAACAUAGAUGGUUCCCUAAAGCUUCCGUUGUAUUUCAUUUGCACUGCUGCAAAACCACGAGGAAUCAACAUCGAAGAACUUCCCGUUUCAUAUAAUCAUUCCAAAAAGGCUUGGAUGACCAGACUGUUGUUCCGUCAAUGGUUCCACGAAGAGUUUGUCCCCGCUGUUCGAAAAUUUUCGGCCGAGAGAGGAUUGGAGCCAAAGGCAUUGCUGGUUCUUGAUAAUUGCACCAGUCAUUAUGACGUUGACGAAUCUCUACAGAGUGACGAUGGACUGAUUCAAGUGAUCUACCUCCCACCAAAUGUAACUGCUGAAUGCCAGCCGAUGGACCAAUCGGUCAUCAAUGCAAUCAAUUUCGAGGAACGAUUGAAGAAGAUUAAUCUUCAACAGUGUAUUUCGUGGUUGGCAACCUCUUGGGAGGAGAUAUCUGACAAAACUAUACGUAAUUCGUGGAAGAAAUUGAUCGAUGGUUUGCCGGAGGAUGCUGUUAAUGUAGACUCGAAAGCGGCCGAUGAUGACUUCAAAGCGCUUGUGUCCAGGAUUGACAGUUUGGCAGGAACAAAAACAUCUGAGCAAGAUAUUGAUCUGUGGAUCAAAGAUCAGGUGUAUGAUGGUGAUCAUAAUCCAGAUUGGGUAACCAGUGAAGUGUUCUCUGAUGACGAGAUUUUGUCAUCAGUUCUCAAGAAAGAUCAACCUGAAAUGCAAGAAGAAUGGUUGGUAGACACAGAAGAUGGAAGUAAUUCGUUUGAUACUUCCAUUACUAGUACCGGAGAUCCUGAUUUUGGCGAUGCAAUCAAGUCAAUUGAUUGCCUAGUUCGCUAUAUGAAGCAUGAUGUUGCAGAAGUAUGCCGUUUGAACGCGCUACGUUCGAAAAUCACUGAAGUUGAAUGGCUAAAACGAGCAUGUUGA